AUGAAUGUAUGGGACCUUCUACACAAACACCGUGUGACGCCAACACUGAUUGUCACAACACAGUGGGAAGCUACUACUGUACCUGUAAGGCAGGAUAUUGCCAUCCGGAUAAACAACGUAACUUCACAGACGGCAGAGGCUGCGAAGUGCCUCCAGUACUCACCUGGACGCCGCCUUCACCGACCUCCACGUCGAUGCUGCGUCCACCUUCACCUGCCUACCGAUGACGUCCAGCCUCGCCACAUCAACGGUAACUCGGACUUUCUCCCCCUCGCUGAUUCCUCCGACCGUCGCCACCCCCCGGGACCGCCUAACCUCAUCGCCGCACCGGGCCCAUCCGACAUCGCUGUCGCACUGGGCCCGCCGAACAUCACAGCCGCACUGGGCCCACUGAACAUCACCGCCGCACUGGGCCCGCCUAAUAUCGCCGUCGCACGCGGCCUAUCCAACUUCGCCGCCGGACCGAACCUACCGGGCAUCGCCGCCGGACCAGGGGCUCCCCGAACAUGGCCACCGCAUCGCACCCUACCCAUCUCAUCGCCUUACCGGGCUAGCCGCGACGCCCUACUGACCAUCCGCACACCGGGACCUCCCACGCAUCAUGAAGAUGAAUGUAUGGGACCUUCUGCACAAGCACUGUGUGGCAACAACGCUGAUUGUCACAACACAGUGGGAAGCUACUACUGUACCUGUGAUGCAGGAUAUUUCCACCCGAGCAAACAACGUAACUUCACAGACAAAGGAGGCUGCGAAGUCUUGCACCACACCAGCAGAGGCAGCCCCAACUGUAACAACCUCCACCAGCCCUGGCCUGGACGUCGGUGGCGGCAGACAUCUUCGAAUGACGCGAAACAUUACCAGAGACGGAACCCUGGGAUCACCCGCCCAGCGACUGAUGUCCAGGACAACAAGACCUCCGAUUCCGAUUGCUCAGCAGAAGCUGAUACCUCAAGUGCUGAAGCCCGCAUCAAUCCAACAACAUUUGAUAAAUCUUCGCCCGAACAGUUCAUCUUUUGCGAAAUCGUUAGGCAAGCAAUCCGGAACAGCACAAUCCCAAACGAUAACAGAUUAAAGUUAUCCACUGCCAAUAACAGCCUGAACAUUGGCUGGAAGAGCGUGGCAGGGAAAGAGAAUUUUGAUGUUGCUGCCGUUGUCCUUAUCUCGUACAAACAUCUGGGCUCUCUUAUGGAACAGAACCUUAUGGAAGGCUGCGAGAAUGAAAGCAAGCUGGGGCUGAACUCAGACAUUGUUAGUGCUGCAGUAACGAACACAGGCAGGAGCCACCUCCUGGAACCAGUCACUCUCACCUUCGGCAACAAGAAGCUCACUGAUAAAAGAGCCAAAUGUGUCUUCUGGAACAGCUCAACCUCCAGAUGGUCCACUCAAGGCUGCCAAUUGGUUGAGUUCAACGCAGCAUACACAGUGUGCAACUGUACGCACCUGACAAGCUUUGCGGUGCUCAUGGCCCUGGAUGUAAUAGAGGGGAAUGAUGCUCACAAUCUACAUCUGAUCACUCUGGUCGGCGUUAUUGUCUCUCUGGUUUGCCUUGCGCUGUCAGUCCUCACCUUCACCCUGUGUCGGGCCCUUAAAAGUAUCAGGACCACCAUCCACACUCACCUGUGCAUCAGCCUCUUUUUGGCAGAACUGCUGCUCAUCUUUGGAAUGGACAAGACCGAAUAUCGGGAUCUUUGUGCCGUCAUCGCUGGAUUCCUGCAUUAUUUCUUCCUGGCCUGUUUUUCCUGGAUGCUCCUGGAAGGUGUGCAGCUUUACCUCAUGCUGGUGAAAGUCUUCAAUGCAAAGAGUAUGAGACCAACGUACAUGUGCUUGUUUGGCUACGGUUGCCCCCUGGUUACUGUUGGCAUCUCAGCAGCCGUGUAUUCCCAGGGAUAUGGAACAGAGAAGCAUUGUUGGUUGGAUCUAAAGAAGGGAUUUAUCUGGGCUUUCCUGGCUCCGGUCUGUGUGAUUAUUCUGGUCAAUGGAGGAUUUUUUAUUAUGACUGUGUUGAAACUGGCUGAAAAGUUUUCAAGUAUCAAUCCUGAUAUGGGCCAGUUGAAGAAAAUCAGGGUCUUUACCUUCACUGCUGUCGCUCAGCUUUGCCUCCUGGGAUGUACUUGGAUAUUUGGCAUGUUGCACUUCCAGAAGGAAACAAUUGUCAUGGCCUACAUCUUCACUGUGAUCAACAGCAUGCAAGGAAUGUUCAUCUUCAUCCUGCACUGCCUCCUUAACAAGCAGGUGAGGGAUGAGUACGCCAACUUCUUCCACCGUUUCUGCCUAUUGAAGAAAGACUUAAAAUUCUCUGAGUUUUCAACUUCAUCGACGCAGGUAUGGUUACGAUUAGUCUAG